AUGCAAGCACAAUCAUUCGUACCUUACAAUAAAGGAUUAGGUAUAGGUGAUAAUUAUCAUGAAUGGAAUUUAUUACGAGAAGAUAUUAGUUUACCAGCGGCAAGUCUUUCAUUUGAAAAUGUUGAACAUAAUCUUCGUUGGAUGCAAAAUUUUAUCGAAAAACAUAAUGUUAAAUUAGCACCACAUGGUAAAACAACAAUGUGUCCAAAACUUUUUCAUCGACAACUUCAUUAUGGUGCUUGGGCAAUAACAUUAGCUACUGUACAACAAGUUCAAUUAGCUUAUUCAGCUGGUAUACGACGUAUAAUAAUGGCAAAUCAAUUAAUUGGUAAAACAAAUAUGACUAUAAUUAAACAAUUACUUGAUAAUGAUCCUAAUUUUGAUUUUUAUUGUUUAAUUGAUUCAUCAACAAAUAUUGAACAACUUGGAAAUUUUUUUACUAAUGAAAAACAAAAACGAUUACAAGUUCUUCUAGAAAUUGGUGUUCAUAAUGGUCGAACAGGAAUACGAACUGAUGAAGAUGAAAGAAUUAUUUUAAAUAGUCUUGCACAAUAUCAAAAUUCUUUAGCCCUUGUUGGUGUUGAAUUAUUUGAAGGUAUAUUAAAUGAAGAAAAAUCUAUUCGACUUAUGUUACAACAUGCAGUUGCUUGUUUACAACGUUUAAUAAAUUCAAAUCAAUUAGCUCGUUCACCACCCAUAUUAACAGGUGGUGGUUCAGUUUGGUAUGAUAUUGUUGCGGAAGAAUUUUCUAAAGUUGAUCCUACAAUUGAUAUUAUUCUACGAUCUGGAUGCUAUUUAACACUUGAUAGAGGUAUUUAUCAUCGUGCACAAACAUGUAUACUUGAACGGAGUUCAAUAGUUCGAGAUAUUAGUAAGAAUGAUGCACUUCGACCUGCACUUCAAAUUUGGGCUUAUGUUCAAUCAAUACCUGAAACAAAUCAAGCAAUUAUUGGUUUUGGUAAUCGUGAUGCAGCAUUCGAUAAGUAUUAUCCUAUACCUGUUCUUCAUUAUCGAUCCGGAUGGUCUAAACCUAUUGAAAUCAAACAUGAUAAAUAUCAGAUAACAAAAAUGAUGGAUCAACAUGCAUUUAUGACUUGUCCAUCUGAUCAUAAUCUUAUUGUUGGUGAUAUAAUUGUAUUUGAUAUAUCACAUCCAUGUUUAACAAUUGAUAAAUGGAGAAAAAUUUUACUUAUUAGUAAUAAUUAUACAGUUAUUGAUAUUCUUGAUACAUAUUUUUAA